AAUGCGACACCCGCUCAGCUGACCAAUGGGCGGCCCGGAUGGGGGUGUGUGGCGGCUGACGGAGUGCCAAUGGGAGAGGCUGGUGGAGCGUAGGAAGCGGCCGGCUCCUAGAUGUUAUUGAACGAGGAGAAUGAAGCUGGGAGCCUGGAGCCGGGCCUGAGGGGUCAGGGUGUACCCCGGACAACGGAGGACACACACUGCCGGCAGCACAGGUAAAUAAGAGUGAGCAGUAAGAUGAUGCUGAACUCUGACGUAGAGGUCGUGGAGGAUUGGCUUUCCCAGUUCAAGACUUUGCCUGAAUCUCAGCUAUCCUGUUAUGCAGCAACUCUCCAGCAGAAGACAAAUAUUGUGCCGGCUCUCUACAAGGUCAUUCAGGAUCCUAACAAUGACUUACUGGAACCUGUCUGUCACCAGCUGUUUGAGUUGUAUCGAAGCUCGGAGGUGAGGUUGAAGAGAUUUACGCUGCAGUUUCUGCCCGAAUUGAUCUGGAGAUAUCUGUGCAUUACAGCAAGCAGAGAGAGACAGAGCAAUGGCUGCAUUGAAGCUCUGCUUCUGGGGAUCUAUAAUUUGGAGAUAGUCGAUCGAGAUGGAAACAAUAGAGUGUUGUCAUUCACAAUCCCAUCACUGUCCAAGCCAUCAGUUUAUCAUGAGCCAUCAAGUAUUGGCUCCAUGGCCCUGACAGAAGGAGCACUAAGCCAGCACGAUCUAAUCCGCGUGGUGUACAGUGACCUUCACCCUCAGCGGGAGAACUUCACAGCUCAGAACAGAUUUGAAGUGCUGAGUUUCCUCAUGUUGUGCUACAACUCCGCAGUGGUCUCUAUGCCCAACUCCUCUUAUCGUUCCCUGUGCAAUGUGUGCUCAAGAUUGUGUAUUGCUGGUUUUCCACGACAGAGGCAGAAGCUGUGGAGUGAGACUUGUGGCCGGGUUAUGCUGGACCCAGAGUUCAUGGUGCAGCUGUUGACGGGUGUUUAUCAUACAAUAUACAACGGAGAGUGGGAGCUAGGCCAAGAAGCACUAGAGGACCUCCUGUAUCGUGCACAAUUAGAGCUGUAUUCUCAGCCACUGCUGGUUGCUAACGCGAUGAAAAGCUCAUUGCCCUUUGAUGCUCCUGACAUUUCCAAGGUGGGUAGGAAGUGUCUGAAAGUAGAAGUGACCCCAACAGUACCCAGGAUAUCUCGCACUGCCAUCACCACGGCCUCUAUACGAAGGCAUCGCUGGAAGAGAGAGGAUUGUAUAGACCUCACGGUUGAUGUUGAGUCAAGUGGCCCCACCUCCCUAAUUUGUGACUCAUCUGGAUUGGCUGGAGAACGCGAGUGGAAUGGGGAGGGCACACGAGUAUCCCCCUGGCUCGAUCAACACGGUGCUGCGGGUGGGGAGGACACCAUCCAGCUGACUGAUGCCGAUGAGGGAUUCUCGUCGGGGGCCUCCAGUAUCAGCCAGCCCAGCGGCUCCAAGAGCAGCAGCCUGAAGAAGGGCCCCCGGGAUCAGGCGCUGCUGCUGCUGAGGGCCGAGGGAGCAGCCGAGUGUAGCCGGGACCCUGGCAGCAGGAAGCUGUGCCCGACCCGCUCCGCCGCGGACACCAUGGAUCUCAGUCCAGCCAAGAGACACCUGCCACCGGCUGCUGCCGCCGGGCUUGUGCGGACGGCCAGCACGUCCUCCACCAGGUCCUUCGAGCGGCCGAGUGGGAGCCAGGCGCUGGACGGCAGCUCCAACCUGGUGCAUGGUAACUCCAAUAGUUUCUCCACCAUCAGCCUGCAGGAGGAGCGGCUGGGCCGGACUGCCGAGGCCAAGGAGCUGCUGUCCCCGGGGCCACCUCUCACUAAACAGUCCCGGUCACCCAGCUUCAACAUGCAGCUCGUUUCCCAGGUGUAGGAGGCCACUGACCCUCCCCAGCCUCACCACGCCUCUUCUCCCUACCCACCAGCUCCCCUUUCCUGUGCCCUUUUUUGGGUAACAUUUUCCCCCUCCCACACCCACCCACCUCCCCUCUUUUUAAACACUACUCUCCCCAACCCAUCCAUAUCACCCCCCCCAUCCCCCCCAACCCCAAGUAUAAAACCCCUCCAAUCUCAGCCCUCUGUAAUUCCGACUUGACAAUUAUUGGUGAGGCAAGAAGGAAUUAUUUUGUGCUGGGAGAGCAAUAAGAAAAAGGGAGCCCGUGUCUUUCCAGGCAGUGUAGACUUGUGUGUGUCCCUCCCUGCCUCCCCUCCCCCGGGUGAUGUGCAAUCUCUAUUUUGAUAAUUGUCCUGACUGAGGUUUGCUUGGAACUGAUCUGGUUCGAUCAGACCUGUCUGCCAUAGGCGAUCCUUCGACAUUCCCAGCCUUGCCCUGAUCUCGCCACUCCUCCCCAGCCCCCCUCACCCAACCAGCCUGACCCUGAUUUACCCCCUUUCCUGCUCUCUCUGCCGCCUGUCUGCCCGUCCAAACCCACCCUCUUCCCUGCCCUCCUCAAAGCCUAACCCUGACUACCUCCUUCUGUCCAGCCUACCCCACCACCUUCUUCACAACAAAUAUAUUCUGCUGCCUUCAACAUUCUUAAUGCCCACAGCUACGGAAUGCAUUCGUUAAAGUUAAUGGGGAAGCGAUUUCACCCCGCUUCUUUCCCCCACUCCACCCUCACCAAAGAAAGAUAAUAUUGCCACAACUAGGGAGCAUCUCUAAAGGAGCACUGAUAAACAGAGCAGGGAGUGUCUCUACAAGGAGCGCUGCAGAACUUUAGCAGGAAGCAUCCCGAAAGGGAAGCACUGAUAAACCAAGCAGGGAGCAUUUCUAAAGAAGCACUGGAAACAUAGGGAGCAUCGCUAAAGGAGCAUUGAAACUCAGCGAGCCUCUCUGAAGAAACACUGUGAGUGUUUAUGAAGCAGUUGGAGCAAAUCAAGGAGCGUGGCUUAUCCAUCAGAGUACUGUCAGAGCAGAGGGUGAAUAUGAGAGUGAUGUCUGAUUCACUCUGUGCAAAUCUCCUCCUCCUUUGGGGACAAGCCCCUCGUACUGUUUGCAACGCUGUCCGCUUGUCUUGUGUAUUAUAGGUUUUGAAUUGGGGUAGUUAUCUAUGUUUAUUGCAAAGAGACACGGCUAACUUAAAACUGUCAAAUGGGUGGCAAUCUCCGAAAGGAAGGUAUUCACAGUGGCCUCCAGAUCAGGUUCCUCUGUGUCACAUGGUGAAUUGGACACUCUUCCCACUGGUUGAAAAAGGCAUAUUUUACAGCUUCAGACAUCCUGUAAAAGUGUACCUUCACAAAUGAUUAUCUGAACAUCAGAUCUGGGGCUUGCUAAGUGAGGAUUGUCCAUGGUGAGCUGGGAGAAUACCUUCAGAACUCAAAAUAGCAAAAAGAAUGUCCAUCCACUCGUAUUCUGUAUCACUCUUUUUUUGUUCUUAUUUUCUUUCUACGUGUUACAUAGUUGUCCAGGGCUCUCAGACACAUUGACCAUUGGUACUCUCCAGUAGCCAUCAUUUGCCUGUGAACAUACACAAUGAAUUGACAGCAUUAUGCAACUGUGGGUUAAGCUCAGUCAGAGUUCAGCAUUACAUUCUCUUUUAGCACUGGUUACCAAUCUCAUCGCUGAUCUUGCCCAGGGUAUAUCUCACUGUGUAUCCAUGUCUGUAUGUGUGUGUGUAUGUGCGUGCGAGUUUGUGUGCAUGUGUCUGUUUAAACAGUGUUUGUGUCUGUACAGACUUGGCACCUACUAAUCGACAGAUGAUUUUCACACUCAGAUAUGUGUGCACACCUUUCCCCUGCGUGCUGAUGAGGGAGCUGCCUGUGAGCUGCUGUCUUUGUUCAGCUCACAUCAGUGCUGGGCCCUGCUGCUUUAACUGAAGUCCUUCACUGUGGGGUAAGAGCCGAUUCUUGCAGAGGUUCUGGUGGUAGUCUUAAUGGUGAAGGUUUUUAGUAUCUCUGACCGUAAGGGCAGCAUUGUGUCUUUUUUUAAAAAAAAAGAUUCCUUUGACUUGGAGCUUUCCAAUUACAAAAAAAGCUAUAAUGCCAGCCUUAUCCCAAAAAGCAUUCCCUGAAAUCCAACCCACAGUGCUUCUGGAGUGGAGUGUUCUCAGACCAGAGCAUUGCUGGAGUCAGCUGUUCUAUCCAAUUUGCAUUUGCUGGAACCGGCUUGACAGAGGUAUUUCAAUGCAGAAAAGACAACUUUCUCACACUGGCCAUAAGGGUCCAGUCACCCUGUGUUAAUACUUGGGUCAGAUGUAAGGAUCCGGACACUGUAUACACCCUCAGGCCCAGUUACAGAGGGCUAUUAGUGCCUGACUUUUUGCUGCUGAUAGAAUUUAUUGCUUUCUUUCUAGGGUGUCCCUCUGCCUCCAAAGAUACCCAUUGUUAAGCUCAACAGCAAGGUGGCUGUUGCCCCAGUGACCAGGAGUUGGCGUUUCCUUCUGGGUCUCUCUUUACGCUCUCUCUUCCUUUUUUCAGGACUUGUGCUCCAACUUUUCUGUAAGGGGAUGUUUGAGAAUUCACUUUUUUCACACAAAGUAUGCUGCCAGUUGGAGAGUGUCCCUCGAAUAGCGGGGGCCUCCUUCCAGUUUGGAGACUGACUUUGAAGGAAACACAAACACCAUGCCAGGCAGGGAUGAAGUUUAAGCUUGACCUUUUAAACUUGGAUUUGAUUAGGCUGCAGUUUUGUUACGAAAGGCAAAGAGUCAAUUCUUAGUGAAUGUAAUUUAUCUGUAUAUUGAGGUAUAAAUUCAAAUGAUUUUCUUUUGCACAUUCUGAUUUUACAUUCCAUUUAAGAGCUGGUUAUAUUGUCCUUCACUUUAAUCGUUUCACAAGUGACCCGGGUGUGAUCUCACUAUCCCAGAAGAGGUUGCAGUGGAUUCUGAACCCUCUUGCUCCUGUCUGAUCCCCAGUAAAAUGGAGGUUAACUGGAUGGUUUUCCAUGUUAACAGAGCCCCAUUACCUCUCGCCCCAUCCAUCCCCUCUGCUCCCAAUUCCACACAAGUGCAGAGAGCUGUGGAGUCUUGUUCUCUGUGGAAAUUUAAUCUGCUUUGUGUGUGUGCGCGCGCGUGUUUGGUCCUCAGUCUCGGUGCUCGUGAACAGAAAUCAACCUAUUUUGCCCAAAGAAUGUUCGAGUGAAGCGCAAGGGUGAAUCCAGUGAGAUUAGAGAGGUGGACGUGACUGCAGUGUGCGUCUGUGUAACUGCUAACUUCAUGGGGGAGGGCUGACAAGUUGCCUGCCUUCCUUAAGGCCUCCAUUUUAGCUGAAGUGAUAAGCAGCAGACCCACACCAGACUUCCUACUCUCCUAAGGGCCUGUAGAUUAAAACCAGACCUGAAUGUUUCCUGUGUUCCUGGCAGAUGCUCAGAGACAGGUCUCUGAACUGACGGUUCAGAGAAGUGAAAGUGCCAUCUGGCGGGAAGUCAGGUAUUGGUGGUUGAGUCGAUGCAUGUAAAUCUGUCGUUCUUUGAACAAAAAGUUUUUUUUAAAUUAAAAAUGAACUAUACUGUUAAUGUAAGAGAUGUGAAUGUGAUCUCGAUCUUGUAAAUACCUGUCACAGAUUAAAGAUUUUAAAUGUGUAAAUACAGGUGUAUAAACAUUCAGAUCAGUCUGCAAUGCAGAGAAAUUAUUAAUCUGUAAUCUCAGUACCUGGAAUAAAUACUGUGCUGUUUCUGGA